AUGAGAGUCCUAACGAUAAUUUUGAGCUGUGUUAUCCUGGCCAGUUGUCUGGUUAAACAUGCCGAUGGUACCUCUACGACAUCAACCACAACUACAACAACGACUGAAGACACAACUUCCACAACCACGGACUCAUCAGAUACCACCAGCACUACUUCCAGCUCUGAAGCAGAUCUGGCCCGGCUGAAAAUAAAGCUAGCUCGACUGAAGCGAUUGGCGCGUCUGAGGGCAGCUAGAAGGAAAAGAAUUGCUUCCAAGCAAUCGUCUGCAGAUUCAGAUUCAGAAUCAUCAACCAGCUCCUCCACCAGCACCACAACCACAACCGCCUCCAGUUCUAGCUCCAGCUCCAGCUCAAGCGCUUUGGCUGCUGCUGUGGCAAAGUUGAAGAGCAGGCUUGCUAACCUGAAGAAACUGCAACGUCUUAGGGCAGCCAGAAGGAAGAGGAUAGCUGCCAAGAAAAGGGCUGCUGCCAGGAGAAGAGCUGCAGCCAACAGGAGGAGAUCGGGUUAA